UAUUGUGCCACUAUCCUGCAUUUGAAUGAGCAAAUGGAUUUAUUGCAUUGCCACCAAGCCUGCCAAGGUUUCAGAGGUCCUUCCCUGGCUGGCAGGCCUCUUGGACUGUGGCCUGAAGGUAAGCUGGCAGCGAGCCUGACAUGCUUUCAUCUAGUUUCCUCUCUUCCUUCCUUUUUUGCAGAGUUUUCACUUCAGAGAAAGCAGAAUCCUUAAGAAUAACCCUCUUAGUUCACAUCUGUGGUCAGCCUAGGCUUAACGGCAUCCUAUCCUCCUCAUUUGGUCAUUUGGUCUCAGCAGUGAAUGGAAAAAGUGUCUCGUCCUGACCCACUGCUUCUUCCCUUUUCUACUUCCUGGAAAUCCCCGACAAGAGACAGCAGUCAGAGGCGCAGAGAGGCUGAGACCAACCCAGAAACAUCCAGUUCUCACACUGAAGCUUGCAUCCUCGCCUCCAGCAUGAAGGUCUCUGCAGCACUUCUGUGCCUGCUGCUCAUAGCAGCCACCUUCAGCCCCCAGGGGCUCGCUCAACCAGAUGCAAUCAAUGCCCCAGUCACCUGCUGCUAUAUCUUCACCAAUAAGAAGAUCUCACUGCAGAGGCUGGUGAGCUACAGAAGAAUCACCAGCAGCAAGUGUCCCAAAGAAGCUGUGAUCUUCAAGACCAUACUGGCCAAGGAGAUCUGUGCUGACCCCAAGCAGAAGUGGGUUGAAGAUUCCAUUGACCACCUGGACAAGCAAAUCCAAACUCCAAAGCCUUGAACACUCACUCCAUAACCCCGAACUCUAAAGUUAACUUAUUUUUCCCUAGCUUUCCCCAGAUACUCUGUUUUAUUUUAUUAUAAUUUCAAAGGACAUACAUUUUGUUUGUUGAUAUGAAACAUUAUGCCUUAAGUAAUGUUAAUAUUGUUUAAGUUAUUGAUGUUUUAAGUUUAUCUUCCAUGGUACUAAUGUUUUUUAUAUAAAGAGACUCAGGCAAAUUGCCUUUUCUUUGUGAACUGCAAUUCUAUCCCUGGGAUGUUUUGAGGAUCUUUGCAAGAAUGAUCAAUACAAAGACUUUUUGUUUUAAAAAUCCAGUGCAUUGCUGAAAUAUUAUUGUGGAAAUGAAUAUUAUAUAAUUAUUAUAUAAAAUAAAUAUAUUUUUGUACAAAA